AUGGUCACUGCUGAGACAGUGGGGCACAGCUACUUGGUGGCGUGCUGGCAGCCCAUCCUGGUCCUGAUGCUGGGCACCGUCCUCUCCGGCUCGACCACCGGAUGCCCUUCCAGAUGUGACUGCAAUGCCCAGGAGCGCUCGGUUGUGUGCCACCGAAGACGAAUGGCGACUCUUCCCGAAGGCAUCCCCACAGAAACAAGGCUUCUCGAUCUGAGCACCAACCGUCUAAAACUUAUUGGGCCGGAGGAAUUCAUCAACUACCCGCAGCUGGAGGAGCUCCAACUAAACGAAAACGUUAUCUCGUCCAUUGAGUCCGGCGCGUUUAGCAACCUCAUGAACCUACGGACUCUGGGGUUGCGCAAUAACCAGCUCAAGCUCAUCCAGCUGGGGGUGUUCACUGGCCUCAACAACCUUACGCAGCUGGAUAUCAGUGAGAACAAGAUUGUCAUUCUGCUCGACUACAUGUUCCAGGAGCUCUACAACCUGAGGGUGCUGGAAGUGGGUGACAAUGACCUCGUUUUCAUCUCGCCACGAUCGUUUCACGGCCUCAGCAAUCUUGAAACCCUCAACAUUGAGGGUUACAAGCUGUCCUCAGUGCCCACUGAUGCCCUGAGCCAUCUGCACAACCUGCUGUCACUCCGAUUACGGUAUCUGAACAUCACUGCCAUAAGGGAUUACUCCUUCAAGCGGCUGUAUCGGCUAAGAGUACUAGAAAUAUCACACAUGCCUUCCAUGGAUACCAUGACCCCCAAAUGCUUAUUUGGAAUCAACUUGACCUCUUUAGCAAUUACAAACUGCAAUCUUACCAUCAUUCCCUACCAAGCCAUCAGUCACCUGAGAUAUUUACGAUUUCUAAACCUGUCUUUCAAUCCCAUCCGUACUGUCGAAGGAAACCAACUUCACAAUCUGCAAAAGCUGCAGGCUUUUCAUUUGGCCGGCGGCAGAUUAAUUGCCAUCGAGCCUUACUCCUUCCGAGGACUAAAUCAUCUGCAGGUUCUCAAUGUUUCUGGUAAUAGGCUGAACACCGUGGAGGAGUCUGUUUUCCACUCCGUGGGUAAUCUGGAGACCCUGGCUUUGCAUGACAACCCUUUGGCAUGCGACUGUCGCUUGCUCUGGGUUUUCCGCCGGCGUUGGAGGCUAAACUUUAAUAGACAGCAGCCCAUCUGUGCUUCACCUGAUAUCGUGCAAGGCAAUGAGUUCAAAGACUUCCCAGAUAUCCUCCCUUCCAAUUAUUUUAGCUGCCAGAAAUCCCAAAUUGUGGAUAACAAGGUUCAAGAGAGCCACGUGGACGAAGGGACUACCAUCAGUUUUGGCUGCCAAGCGGAAGGUGAUCCAGUCCCCGUCAUCAUGUGGCUUUCUCCGAAGAAAGAUUACAUCACCACCAAAACUAUGGGCUCAAGACUUUCCGUGUCCGACGAAGGUACGUUAGAGGUUCGUUAUGCCCAAAUUCAAGACAACGGAACUUACCUGUGCAUUGCAAGCAAUCCUGCAGGCAAUGACACCAAAGUCUGGCAUCUUUUUGUACAUAGCUACUCCCCUAAUUGGCCUCAUCAACCAAACAAGACGUUUGCCUUCAUUUCCAACCAGCCCAGCGACGAAGGGGCGAACGUGACCCGGACCACAAUUCCAUUUCCGUUUGAUGUUAAGACACUAAUCAUCGCAACCACCAUGGGGUUCAUUUCUUUCCUCGGAGUUGUGCUCUUCUGUCUUGUUAUUCUGUUUCUGUGGAGCCGAGGAAAAGACAGCACAAAGACAACUAUAGAGGUCGAGUACGUUCCGCCUAAAGAAGACGCAGAAGAGCCUAGUCCAACUGAGACUCCCAUUCAAUUCAAUAUGAAAAUCAUGUGAACCGUGAAAAAGAGGGCCUGCAGACCUUUUAACUCAAGUCGGUAUGUGGACUAUCUUUGCUUGAGUGAUAGCGAUGGCGCAGCAGCGAAUGCAUCUUGACCCAAUGUACUCCAAUUAUUGUUUUUUUCUUGUUUUUGUUUUUUAGAAAAAUUGUAAAAUAAAAAAAAAGAAGUUGAAUUUCUGUAAA